UGGAAAAGAAAACUCCAACAUCCUGAUCCUUCCAUACGGGACAGCUCACAGCGGGAAACCUUACACCUGCUAUGCCAGGCACCCACUUCUGGUCCAAUCCAAGACCUGCAGCCUCACACUGGUGCCUAUCAGUAAGCCUUACAUCCUGAUGAGUAAUGCUUCUCCAGUGGAAGGAUCUUCAGUGUGGAUGCGCUGCAGUGUGGAAAAUGGAACUGAACCGAUCCAGUACACCUGGCACUAUGAAAACUAUAAUGGUAACGCCACAACCUUCACACUGGGCAACAGCAGCAUCAUCAACAUCACCAAUGUCAACCGCAACCACACCGGCUGGUACCGCUGUGUUGCCAGCAACGCUGUCAACAGCGAGAAAUCUGACCGCCUAUGGCUGAACACUCUGUUUGGACCAGACAUUCCUCAGAUAGACGUGACUCCGUACUCUAUGACCAGGCGGGGUUACACGGCUCUGGAGACGGAGGCUGUUUCCUUGCUGUGUCAGGCCCAGUCCAAUCCAGCCAGUCAGUACGUCUGGUUCUACAACAGUUCCCAAGUCUACACCGGGCAGAAGUUCACCAUCACCAAGAUCCUCCGUAUGCACACUGGCGACUACACCUGUUUGGCACAGAACACCUACCUCAACACCAGCUCCAAUAACACCAUCAGCCUGACAGUCUACUACCCCCCUGAUGGCUCCCCGUCCUGUUCUGUGGAGCCGGCUCUGAAUCACACCUCUCUGAGGCUGCUGUGCUCCUGGCCUGGUGGAUUCCCCUCACCUUCCCUCCACUGGACUGGAGACCUGAUACAAGAUCAGUCCAACACAGCCCAGCAAACAAGUUCAGCCUCCAGCACUACCAUCAUGCUGCCCUCUGGAGGCCUGACUUCUAAUAACAGUUUGUUCACUUGCCUGGGCUCCCAUGCUGCCCUGAAACAGUCGACACAGUGCAGCACACGCACAUAUAUUCCCCCUGCAGAGCCACUGUGUUUUGCUUAUGUGACUAAUGACAAACAGUAUCUGACGCUGUCCUGCUCCUGGGAGGGAGGGGCCCCGAAAGCUUUGGUAUGGUGGGAGGGCCCCGAAGGUCAGAGGAAAGGUGGAGAAGAAACCUCCAACAACUUUACCCUUUACUAUAGCACUGUACACUUUGGGAGACCUUACACCUGCCAUGCUAGACAUCCACUUUUGGUCCAAACCAAGAUCUGCAGACUCACGCUGGUCCCCGUCACUAAGCCUUACGUCCUGAUGAGUGAUACUUCUCCAGUGGAAGGAUCUUCAAUGUGGAUGCGCUGCAAUGUGGAAAAUGGGACUGAACCGAUCCGGUAUGUGUGGCAACGUGAAACCAGCAGUGAAGACAUCACAACAUUUGCACAGGGCAACAACAGCAUUAUCAACGUCACCAACGUCAACCGCAACCACACUGGCUGGUACCGCUGUGUAGCCAGCAACACCAUCAACAACCAGACAUCAGAUCGCGUAUGGCUGGACACCAUCUAUGGCCCAGAUGUUCCUCAAAUAGAUGUGACUCCACCUCGUACAGUAAAGCAGGGCUACACGGCUCUGGAGACGGAGGCUGUUUCCUUGCUGUGUCAGGCCCAGUCCAAUCCAGCCAGUCAGUACAUCUGGUUCUACAACAACUCGCAGGUCUACACUGGGCAGAAGUUCACCAUCACCAAGAUCCUCCGUGUGGAUGCUGGCGACUACACCUGUUUGGCACAGAACACCUACCUCAACACGCGCACCAAAAAAACCAUCAGCCUGACAGUCUACUACCCCCCUGAUGGCUCCCCGUCCUGUUCUGUGGAGCCGGCUCUGAAUCACACCUCUCUGAGGCUGCUGUGCUCCUGGCCUGGUGGAUUCCCCUCACCUUCCCUCCACUGGACUGGAGACCUGACACAAGAUCAGUCCAACACAGCCCAGCAAACAAGUUCAGCCUCCAGCACUACCAUCAUGCUGCCCUCUGGAGGCCUGACUUCUAAUAACAGUUUGUUCACUUGCCUGGGCUCCCAUGCUGCCCUGAAACAGUCGACACAGUGCAGCACACGCACAUAUAUUCCCCCUGCAGAGCCACUGUGUUUUGCUUAUGUGACUAAUGACAAACCGUACUUGAUGCUGUCCUGCUCCUGGGAGGGAGGGGCCCCAAACGCCUUGGUGUGGUGGGAGGGCCCCGAAGGUCAGAGCAAAGGUGGGGAACAAACCUCCAACAUCCUGAUCCUCCGCUAUGGCACAGCUCGCAGUGGGAAACCUUACACCUGCCACGCUAAACACCCGCUUCUGGUGGAAACCAAGACCUGCAGACUCACACUGGAGGCACCAGUGCUGCAGACACAGCGCAGAGUCGUGUCUGUGUACGAGGGGAGCGACGUUCAGCUUACCUGCAAUCUGAGAGCCAACUACCUUCCUGUCAAUGAAAUCACCUGGUUUAAUAAUCAGGGUGUCGGUGUCCAAGACACCUCAAAGUACAUGCUUCUGAGAACGCCUGCAUGGGCCAAUCUGACUGUGAGAGACACCGAUGAAACUCAAGACAGUGGCGAGUACAGGUGCUCCACUUCCAACGCAGUGGGAGGAACCGAAAUCAAUAUCACUUUAGUCAUCAAGAAGUACCCCAUGCCACCCAAUGCAACCCUGGUCAGAGUGAUGUACACCAGCCAACAGCGUAAUCAGGUGGAGCUGGAGUGGGUGGUGGAGAAGGAGGAAGCAGGAGGUUGGACAGGUUUCUUCUUGGAGCACCGAUGGAUGUCUGAGCGUCCACGAAGGAAAGGAAGUGGGAAUGAUUCUUCAAGUGAGCGGGUGGAGGAGAAAGUCUGGUACCGUAACAUCCUCCAGGAUCCAGCUGUCAGGAUUUAUACAGUGGGUAGCCUGACGCCAACGGUUACCUACCAGUUUCGCGUCAUACCGGUGAACCACCGCACUGUGGGACACCCUUCUGCUGCAAAGACACCAGUGGAACCACGCAACAAUUUGUACCCCGCUGUGAUUGGAGCAGCUAUCGGUGGGAUGCUCAUUGCAGCCGUUCUCACUGCUCUGCUGCUCAUGUUCAUCCUCCGUAACCGCAGCACCAAUCCUCGACUCCAUGACUUGCUGUUUGGCUUGCAGCACAGCCAGUCGCAGGAAACCAUCAACUUCCCAGAGGAUGAAGUGUUUGGUGGAUCAUCCAGUCCAGGAAAGUCCAGCAACGGCUUUACCCUGAGGAGCUUCAUUCCUCACCUCCUCACCCAUGAGUGCCACCCCCAUCCCGCCACCACCAGCCAAGCCCCCUCCCUCUGGAGACGAUAA